AACCAGCGCCUGGCUUUGCAGAAAUAGAACUUUAAUUUUUUUUUUAAAUCUAAAUUUUGUGUAAGUUUUGCUCUCUGUGAAGACUCAAUGGAGGCUGUGGUGAAUCGACCUGCCCGUCCACACUCCCAAAGCUGCUCUGAGAACACCCUGAAGUUUAUUUGUGAGUUUCAGUCUGGUGAUGAGGAUCAGAAUAUCAGUAUCGGCUAUGAGUCGGUGUCAGUCAUCCUCCCUGCACAGUGCAGCGUCUACCAGUUGAGGCUACACAUCUGUAUGCAGGCACAGGAGCAAAACUGCCAUCCAGACCCUUUUGCGAUACUGGACCCUGAGAAAUACACACUGCUGUAUGCCAGAGGUGGUGACUGGUAUGAAGCCUACGACGACUGUCAGGUUAUCAGGACAUUAGACAUUCCAUGGUCACAUGAUGACCCUCAUUGCCUAACAGCACGCAUAUUGGUUAAACCACCUGUGGCAGUUGAUCCAGAGGAGAAGGAGAAACAACGGCAGUGCCUGACUUAUCUGAUUGGACACGACCUCGAGAAAGAAGCAUCAGAUCGACUUGGUGAACUCACCUUCACCCGUAGGAAACUGGCAGCUCCUAGAAAACAAGAGCUGAAGAAUCGGGAUAACAAGCUGUAUGCCACAGAGCCUUGGAUAACAUAUGCCUCCUUACCAGAUGACCUACAAGAAUGGCUGAACAGAGACUUGCCUGUCACCUUCCACUACAUGAGCAGGAUCAGCUUCAGCAUAAAGGCUGAGCUUAGCACAACACCAGAACUCCUUCUUCAAGUCUUUGAAAGGGUGGCGAAGGCCCAAGGAGUUAAAUGUGAGAGUUUUGAUGAUCUUGUGUUGAAAGUUACAGGGAGGGAGGAGUUUUUAUCUGGAGACUACACUCUGUGUGAUUUCCUCUGGGUUCGACAGUGUUUGAGAACCAACCAAGAGCUCCAUCUCUCUGUUGUCCCUAUGUCGCAGCUUGCCUCAGAGGCUGUCAAAUUUGUGGACUGGCCACUUGUUGAUGGUUUCAGUGGCCAGUUCAGUUCUCACGAUGAUCUCAGACUCGAAGGAAAGGAUUUGGAUGACAUCUUCAUGAUAUCUUUGUGGGACUGCAGAAGAAAUUUCAGAGUCAAAUUGCUUGGUAUUGACAUCCCGCAGCUUCCAAGCAAAUGCCCUCAGUCUGUUUAUGUUGAAGCAUCCAUACUCUAUGGUAACAAGGUCCUCUCUUCAGUGUGCUCCUUCUCCAAGGCCUUUGAAGAUGAAGUGCUGUGGAAUGAGUGGUUGGACUUUGAUUUUCUCCUUAGGGAUCUGCCACGUGGAGCUAAGCUGGGUCUCACUAUUAAUGAAAGUCCUAGUGAUAUGUCUCCAAUAACAAAGGACUCAAGGCCAUCAGUGAACAAAGACACAAAAGCUUCGUUCCAAAAGCCAACAUCACCUUCAGUCAACAAAAUACCAGACACGCAGAAAGGAAAAGGAAAGGUGCUCUACUUUGUCAACCUUCUCCUCAUAGAUCACAGGUCCGUUCUGAGCCAGGGCCCCCACACACUGCACAUGUGGUCCCACCCUGGCCUGGAUGAUGAGGCCAUCACUUACCAGGCAGACAAGCUGUCAUCUGCUACAAACCCAGACAUAGCUGACUCCAUGGCUAUCAGCUUCCUUCUUGAUCGCUACAGCUUCCCUGUGGUCGUCCCAAAUACCAUCAGCCACUCUGAAUGUUCUGACAGUCCCACCCCCACCAAAUCUGAGCCUCAAGAAUCUUGUAGAACUGUUCCCCCACCCUUGCCUAUCAAAAAAUCGUAUUUGCAAGCAAAAUUGCCUGAAACUGUAACUCUUAGAUCCCCGUCUUCAACCAGCGAUACCAGAACGGCAGGUCUCAGAAGGUUUCGAGAGGAGAGCAUCCGCUAUUCCUCCAGUCUCCCCCACUACCUGCGCAGUGUUGACUGGAUGAGCCGCAGAGUGGUCGAAGAUGUGCACUGGCUACUGGGAAACUGGAAUCCUGAGGAACUGGAUUUAACAGUGGCCCUGGAGCUACUAAGCAUGGAUUAUGCUGAUGAGAUUGCCAGGCGACUGGCGGUCCAGAGACUGGAGAGCCUGUCCAAUGAUGAUGUGCUGAAGUAUUUGCUUCAGCUGGUGCAGACCCUAAAAGUGGAACCUUAUCAUGACAGUUUCCUCGCUCGGUUCCUCAUCCAAAGAGCACUGCGGAGCAAAAGAAUCGGACACUUCUUCUUCUGGUACGUCCGCAGUGAGGUAGCAGGGUGUCUGUACUUCCGACAGCGCAUGGCUGUGAUCCUGGAGGCCUACCUGCUGGGCUGUGGUCAGGCCAUGCUCGACAGCUUCACCCAGCAGGUCCAGGCUGUGGAGGCCCUACGAGAUGCCGCUGUCUCCAUUAAAAACUUGUACCCUGACAAGACUAACCUUGAUUCUACAACUCCCCUCAAGCUUCAGGAACUCCUUAGAGCCAAAAACCUGCCAAAUGAAUUCCUGCUGCCCUUUGACCCUCGCAUUAAAUGCGGAGGGAUCCUGCUGGAUAAAUGCAAAGUAAUGGCCUCAAAGAAGAAGCCUCUGUGGCUGGAGUUCUCUCCCAUGCCAUCGCCUACCUGUGCAACACCUGUUGGAAUAAUCUUCAAAGAGGGCGACGACCUUAGACAGGACAUGCUGAUCAUUCAGACGCUGGUGCUGAUGGACUCCAUCUGGCAGGAGAAAUCGCUGGACCUCAAUCUAAUUCCAUAUGGCUGCAUUUCCACAGGGCAAAACAUAGGUAUGAUUGAGAUUGUGAGGAAUGCAACGACAAUCGCUGCAGUCCAGAGGAGCCAAGGCGGAACAACAGGAGCCUUCAAAAACAACGCUCUGUUCGAGUGGCUCAAGUCCAAGUGUCCACUCCAGGAAAUUCACUUCAAGACUGUGGACAAGUUUGUGAAGUCCUGCGCCGGUUACUGUGUGGCCACUUAUGUACUGGGUAUAGGCGAUCGACACAAUGACAACAUCAUGAUCACAGAGGAUGGGAACUUGUUUCACAUUGACUUCGGACACAUCCUGGGUAACAGGAAGCACUUUCUUGGCGUGAGCAGGGAGCGUGCACCUUUUGUUCUCACACCUGACUUCCUGUAUGUCAUGGGCAGGGUCAAUAGUCGCAACAGCCUCUACUUUCAGCGGUUUAGGGACACUUGCACAGAAGCAUACCUGUCCCUGCGCGCCCACUCGCGUCUGUUGGUGACUCUUUUCUCCCUCAUGCUGCUCACUGGUAUCCCAGAGCUGAGUGCUGCUGAGGACAUGCGCUACUUGCGUGUGGCACUCCAGGAGGAGCAGUCUGAGGCAGACGCCAGGGAGCACUUUCUCCAGCAAAUCUCUGAGUGUGAGAAGCUGGGAUGGACUGUGCAGGCCAACUUCUGGAUCCACAUGGUGGGAGGCAUUAAAUAGAGGAUUGCAUUCUGCUCUGAAGGAAUGAAGGAAGUGGAAGUGUUUCUGUGGAAGGUUUUUAAUAUUACAGCAUGUGUAUUUUUUUAUGUUUAUGUAAUAGCUACCACUGCCGCUGUUGUUAUAGGCAGUUCGAUGAUGGAAAACUGUCGUGUAUAAACAACUUACAUUUUGUCCUAAUUGCAGUGUAAACACUUGAAAUCAGCAGUUUAUUGUUAAAAUCAACUGUAACAUCUGUACCAAGGUUACAGAUAUCUAAACCUAAAGUAAAAAUUAAGACUAGCCUUUUGAAAAAAUGAAAACAAACUGAUAAGAUACUGUGUACUUAGAGAUCUAACCAGAAAAAAAUAAAUAAAUAAAAAGGAAAUUUCCAAUUCCAUUCAGUUUGGUGGACACAUUUAAAAAGUUUAAAAAUAAUCCUGUUUUGUUGUCACAACCAGUCAUGGAUAAUCUUCCACGGCACGCCUGAUGAUUUCUCACGGCACACUUAUGUGCCACGGCACACUGUUGGGAAACAUUAGUCUAAAGUGCUGUGCUUGCAUUGUAAUCUCUUAUUUUGCCCCUAUUUACUUCCUGCCUUUGUUCCUUGCCCCUUCUUUUUUUUUUUCUGUACCACUAUCAUUUAUUCCCGUGAUUUCCGAUCAGUCGCCUUUGCAUUAAAACUCUGUUCUUUCCCCGACUCUUUUUUUCUGGCCGUCUGUUUUCCUCUUUUUAUGUUCCCCCGGAUUCCUGUUUCCUAAUUGCAGCCUUUUGGACUUUGUCGUUUUCUGGAGUUACUUACGUUUUUACUUUUAUCACAUUAAAAAUUAAGAAUAAAUAUGUGACUUGUCAUUUGACAUCUUUAAAGUCAUGUGACUCGAUGUCUGUGUAAGUGCAUUUGUAGAUAAAAAUGUUUUGUUUCAUUCUAGUCAAAUGAGAGCAUUUGUUGCUUUCUCUUGUCUAAUAAGUCUAAUAAGUGUUCAUUUUGAACUGGACUGUUGGUGAGAGUCAUGGCUUGCACGACUCCUGUUUGCAUGCAGCAGAUAGAGAUGGUUUGGGGUUCAAAUAAAGAGCAGAGCCUCCAUUUUAUUCCGAUGGAUGGAGGAUCGCACGUGUCAGUGUGGAGCAUGACGAGUCACUUUAAUC